AUGGCAGCCCGGCCUCUCGACUUCGGUGAUGUCUUACGCCUGGUGGAGCAGUACGGCAGCCUGGAGCCCGAGCUGUCAGAGCGAAGCGAGCGGGGCCAGGGCGGAGGCAACUCGGCUGCUGGCCCGGCUGAAGGAGCAGCGGGGUGCCGGCGUGGCCGAGGUCGCAAAAGAGCGGCCGCGGGCCAGGCGGAAGAAGCAGGAGAUGCGGAGGCAGAAGAAGCGGAAGGCGAAGCUGAGCAAGCUGCAGGUGGCCCAGGCGAAGCUGCGGCCGCCCGGCGUGGCCGUCGGCCGGCACUGCGGCGCCUGGCAGUAGGACCCAGGCGCCAGCAGCAAGCCCAGAAUGCUGUUCGCCGCCGGGGACAAGCUGCGGAGCAGCUGAAACAGAAGCAGCUGGCGCUGCAGGGCAAGAGCUUCAACAAAAGCGGGCGUGCUCGAACGAGCGAUCACCGAAUGCCAGGGCGCGACCUGGGCCGAGCUCAAGCUGCCGGCCGCGGUGCCUGGAAGACUUGGACGCCAGAGGCGGUGCUUCGCGCAGGGUUUGGCUCGGAGAGCGCCACGGCAAGGCAGAUUGCAAAGGAAGUGGAAGGGGCUUCUGCCGCCCAAGCUCUGAUGGCCCGUCAGACUUGCGCCGCGGCAGUCCUUAGUGCCCAGCAAGAAGGGUGUGAGCGGCUUGUCGAGAAAUCGCGCAAUGAGCCCAUUUCUUUCUUCAUCCGCAACUUGAUGUUCGACGAAAGCACGUUCGAUCUGAAGGUUCUGGCGCCCAUGAACUCUGCGACCAUGUGGAAGACCUUGUCUGACCACGCAGGUGGAGCGGGGGCUUGCAGCGUGUGCGCCGACCACACCUGCACGGUCACAACCUCUGACGCGCACGCAGCAAAUAUCAAGAUGCUGAAGCAUCUUGAUUCGGCGCAAAGCCCCGACCAGCUGCUGCAGCUCCUGCAAGCAGAGCCCGCUGGCGUGCAGGCUGAGUGGUCUCGAGCGCGGUCGCAGACCCGGCAGUUCCUGGCUUUGUGCAGCAUGUUCGAGGCCAGCGCCCAAGACGACGCAGGCCACGACGGAGAAGACGAAGGUCUGCGACCUGGGCUUGCAGAGCUGGAGAGCUUCUUCAAUGGGCCCGGCUUUGCCAUGGCAGACAUGGAUGUGGACAGCGCUGCUGGCGGGCCGCUGGCCGGGCAAGGGUCGGGGCCGCAGGCCGGGCUCACGGACCCGCCGCGUGGCAGCAACACCGCGUUCGCCGACUGGGCCAAGUCGGUGGCGCCGGCGGACGCUAGGUACGGCCUGCUGCGGAAGUUUGACUCGCUCGCCAGCGCGGUCGCGGAGGAGUCGCUUCGCGAGCUGCGGUCCACCUUGGUCUCAGACUCCUACGGCGGCGCGCGGGCGGCUGACGUGAUCUUCCGCGCGCGGGAGAGCUACAACAUGAAGCGCCCAGCCUUGCACCCAAUGCACUUGGCCUUGCGGACCCCUGAGGGGGGGGAACUGUGGAUUGGCGGCUUGAACGCGGGCGGGAACGCCGAGCUCCUCCGUGUCAACGGCAUCAGCGCCGUGCUCUGCGCAGGGAGCAACGUUUCGGCUGCCAGGGCCGCGUUCAUCAAGAACAUCGGCACCUUCGAUGGAACCGGCGUGUGCCGCGGGAGCAUCAAGUGGGCCACAGUGCUGUCUGUGCUGCGCACGGUGGCCAAAGAGCUUGCGGCCGGGGGCCGGGUCUUGGUGGUCUGCAAGAACGGGGCGCAUCGCAGUGCUCUGUGGCUGGCGCUGCUUCUGUGCGUCCUGCGAUGCAGCACAUGGGAGAUUUGCGACUUCGACACCUACCACCCGGGCCACCACCGCUUCCAGAGCCACUGGGAGGCCCCUGUGCGGACGCCGGCCCAGUUCUUGGAGGCGACCUAG